GAGUUCUGAAGUGGUUCUCUGCAGGCGGCGGGCAGCGGAGCGGAGACCGAGACCGCUGGCCCAUGGAGGUGGUGGCGGUGGCCGCCGCCCUGGGGCUCCUGCUCCUGGCCGGGGCGCAGGGCUCGGUCGAGAACGAAGUCCGGGAGACAGAGGCGGUGCGGGAGCUACUUGCCCGGCUUCUGGGACCCGAGCUGGCGGCCUCCUUCUCGGUGUGGGUGAAGCGCGCCCUGGCGGCUGCGUCGGGCCUGGACACCUACCGCCUGAGCGGCGGCGGCGCGGGGGCGCGGGUGCAGGUGCUCGGCUCCACCGGCGUGGCCGCCGCUGCGGGGCUGCACCGCUACCUGCGCGACUUCUGCGGCUGCCACGUGGCCUGGUCGGGCUCGCAGCUACACCUGCCGCAGCCGCUGCCCGCGGUGCCGGGGGAGCUGACGGAGACCACGCCCAACAGGUACCGCUAUUACCAGAACGUGUGCACGCAGAGCUACUCCUUCGUGUGGUGGGACUGGGCCCGCUGGGAGCAGGAGAUUGACUGGAUGGCACUGAAUGGCAUCAACCUGGCACUGGCCUGGAAUGGCCAGGAGGCCAUCUGGCAGCGGGUGUACCUGGAACUGGGCCUGACCCAGUCAGAGAUUGACGGGCACUUUACUGGCCCUGCCUUCCUGGCCUGGGCGCGCAUGGGCAAUCUGCACAGUUGGGGUGGCCCCCUGCCCCGCUCAUGGCACCUCAAGGAGAUUUACCUGCAGCACCGGAUCCUGGACCGGAUGCGUUCCUUUGGCAUGAUCCCUGUGCUGCCUGCAUUCGCCGGACAUGUCCCCAAGGCUCUCACCAGGGUGUUCCCUCGGAUCAAUGUCACCCAGAUGGGCAGUUGGGGAAAUUUCAACUGUUCCUACUCUUGCUCGUUCCUCCUGGCUGCAGACGACCCUUUAUUCCCAGUGAUCGGGAGCCUCUUCCUGCGGGAGCUGACCAAAGAGUUUGGCACAGAUCAUAUCUAUGGGGCUGACACUUUCAAUGAGAUGCAGCCCCCCUCCUCAGAGCCCUCCUACCUGGCUGCUGCCACCGCUGCUGUCUACCAAGCCAUGACCAUAGUGGAUCCCGAGGCUGUGUGGCUGUUCCAAGGCUGGCUCUUCCAGCACCAGCCGGAGUUCUGGGGGCCCGCCCAGGUGGGGGCAGUGUUGAAGGCCGUGCCCCGCGGCCGCCUCCUGGUUUUGGACCUAUUUGCUGAGACCAAACCCAUGUACAUCCACACGGCCUCCUUCCAGGGCCAGCCCUUCAUCUGGUGCAUGCUGCACAACUUCGGGGGCAACCACGGCCUGUUUGGGGCCCUGGAGGCAGUGAACCGUGGUGCCGCAACUGCCCGCCUCUUCCCCAACUCCACCAUGGUGGGCACGGGCAUGGCUCCUGAGGGCAUUGGCCAGAACGAGGUGGUCUACGCCCUCAUGGCCGAGCUGGGCUGGCGGAAGGAGCCAGUGGCCGAUUUGGGGACCUGGGUGAGCAGCUUUGCUACCAGGAGGUAUGGGGUCUCCCAUCGGGAAGCAGAAGCGGCUUGGAGACUGCUGCUCCGGAGCGUGUACAACUGCUCAGGGGACACCUGCACGGGGCAUAAUCGCAGCCCGCUGGUCAAGCGGCCCUCCCUGCAGAUGGUUACUGCCGUCUGGUACAACCGAUCCGAUGUUUUUGAGGCCUGGCGGCUGCUGCUAACAGCUACCCCAACCCUGGCCACCAGCCCAGCCUUCCGCUACGACCUGCUGGAUGUCACUCGCCAGGCAGCCCAGGAGCUGGUGAGUUUGUACUACUGGGAGGCGAGAGCUGCCUACCUGAAACAGGAGCUGGUUCCCCUGAUGAGAGCAGGAGGCAUCCUGGCCUACGAGCUCCUGCCCGCACUGGACAAGGUGCUGGGCAGUGACAGGCGCUUCCUGCUGGGCACCUGGCUGGAGCAGGCCCGCAGGGCAGCAGUCAGUGAGGCUGAGGGCCACUUCUACGAGCAGAACAGCCGCUACCAGCUGACACUGUGGGGCCCAACGGGCAAUAUCCUAGACUACGCCAACAAGCAGCUGGCAGGCCUGGUGAGUGACUACUAUACUCCCCGCUGGCGGCUCUUCAUGGAGACCUUGGUGGAGAGCCUGGUGCAAGGCACCCCCUUCCAACAGCGCCAGUUUGACCAGAAAGUCUUCCAGCUGGAGCAGGCCUUUGUCCUUGGCACACAGAGUUAUACUAGCCAGCCCCAAGGUGACACUGUAGGCCUGGUCAAGGGAUUCUUCCUCAAAUAUUACCCCCGGUGGGUGGGUGGAUCCUUGUGACUAAUUAGCCACCCCUAGGCCAGGCCCUCCCACAGCUCCAGUCUAAGGCUGGUCCACUGGGCCUGGAACUAGAAAAGCAUUGCAGGCGGGCCCCAGACCUGAGCAGAGGAGCCCAAGGCCUGCUGGUGGAUCAGGCACUGGAUACUCCCCUCCUCUGCCACCCUGAAUUUGCGAUCAGAGUGCUGUUUUAAUGUAGUUUAAUAAACUGAUGAAUCACUUGG